CUCUCAGACUGUAUCUCGUUUUCCUGGUUGACGGUUGUCGAGAACGGUUGGAAUCUUUCUUCUCAAAAUGAGUUGGGAAACGUGGCUGUCUCUCAUGCAGAAUGAUGGAAAAUAUACUACUUCUCACGAAUGUGGAAUUUAUGAUACUCAAGGCAACGUCUGGGCAAAGACACACUGCUGUAAUUUAACAACAUCCGACUUUGUAGACCUGAAUAAGUUAUUUAAUUCAGGGAUGGAAUCUGGUGUCACAAGUGCAACUUUAAACGGCAAAAAAUAUAUCAUUAUUAAUGCAGACAAAGAGGCAAAAACUAUAGAAGGGAAAGCUGGCACAGCAGGCUUUUGUGCAGCAAGGGGUCAAACUUUCACACUUGUGGGCUUUUACAACGAUGCAUCUAUACAGCCAGGAAACAAUAAAAAGCAAGUGGAGCAUACAAAAGGCAAACUUGCUGAAGCCCUUGGCCAAAACUAGAGAGGAGUACUGAGACAUUUCUAACACCAAUACUGUUCAUGCUGUUUUCUAUUCUAUACUGACAUUUCAGUGGACUUGUAGGAUAUCAACUGUUCACCAUCUAGUCUCUGUCUUGCCAGAAGGAAAUGUUUUCUGCAGGGAAAUUAUAAGCUUCCAGAAAUCCUUUACAGCGAAGGGAAAAAUAUUGUUUGUUUCAGUUUUCAGUGCAAUUGACAUUCAGGGGGUUUUGUUUCUGUAAUUUUGUUUCUUUUGAGUAGAAUUUGUGUUUCAUUUCAAGGUAAAGUAGUUGUAGAUAAAUUGUAGAAAAAAAUUAUAUAUUUAAAUUCAGGAAACUAAUUUUUUUGUCAGUUUUUUUUUUUUUUUUUUUUAAAUUUUACAUGUUUGUUAUAUUGCAUUUUUGUUUCCAGCAGUGAUGUUUUGCCUAGUCAUAUACCAAAAGUAACCAUUUGUAAAGGAAGUAAUGCAUUUAAUGUUUACAUAUUAAGAUCAUUUAACAUCAUUCCAGAGUCCCAUUCCAGUUUGACAAGGAUGCAAUGGAAUUGAGAUCUUUAUAACUUGCUAUCAACACGUUUAAGUGUACAUGUAUAUUCUGAAAUAAACCAAUGAUUUGCACAUAGACCGUUAAGAGAUUGUUCAAUUUCAGUAGAACAGACAUUUAACUUCUUUUGUUAUUCUUUUGGACAAUAAAUUAUCCUAUCUUUGUAAUAA